CAAGAUGGCCGCGGUUUGUUUGAAAGUUGUGUGCCGCGUUAAGAGAACAAAAUACCCUUUGACGAUUAUUUUCAGCCUUUCUUGUCGGCAGUUGCAAGCAAGUUUAGUUCAUUUUGUGUAACGCUCAGCCUAACCAACCCACGCGACAAGGUUGACCUGCAUUGGCGCUGCUCCAUCACGCUGUGCUUUAUCAGUUGAGUAGGCCUAGGCGAUGGCCUAGGCUGGGAAGGAUAUGGACAACUUAACACCAAGUUUCCCUUAACAUGCUUAAAAUGUUAUAACAGUCGUCGGAAAGUGAUAAUAUGCCCUAAAAAGUGAAAUUUAGCUGAGAAAAUUCUGAAGCCUUUAUUUAGAAGACACGGUAGGGUUUUCAGACAAGUGUCAUAGGUUUGUGUACAAGUGCAUCAAGUGUUGUCCGUAUAUGGAAUUCUUACCGAGAAUGAGUUUUAUGUAACCUUGACUAAGCAGUCACUCAUGGCAACCUGGGAUUAUUCAAGUUACAAAAUGGACAGCAACAGAUCAAAGGAUGACACAGCCAUCGCAAAUGAGCUACUAAGGAGGGUUAACUUGCCGAGUGUGAAAGAUUUGUCCGAGUGCACCUCCUCUGUCUUUGUUGCUCUUUGUGAAGGCAUUCUUGGUGAUCCACUGAAAGGUGUGUCCUACGUCCCGGUCACCAAAGAGGAUGAGAUCCACAACGUCCAGCUGGUGGUGGACCACCUGGCCGACAAGGUCCUACACUGCGACCUGUCCCACAUCAGCGGCCGGGCAGUGGUGGAAGGCAACCGGGUGGCCAUCCAGUACCUGCUGGAGAUCUUGCUGGGGGUGAUGGACUACAUCAUGGAAGGCAUUGAGAGCGAAGGGUCCACCACCGACAAUGAAGCAGAUCCUGAUGAUCUUCAGGAUGAUUUGAUGGAUCCCGACACACUGACCAGGGGUACCGUGUCUGCCAUUACUGAUGUCUUGAGACAGGAGCUUGGUCCCAGAGGAAAGGAUGAUUAUGAUAGACCUACUGUCACUCAGUAUGACCGCCCACCCUAUGACAGUUACACAAUCAGCGACAUCUCCAAGCAUUUGAGUCAGCCCAACAGCCAAUCAGAGGGGGAGUCCACGGCCGAACUGAUCAAGCUAGGGACAGAGGACCCCUCACAGGACAGACACAGAUCCCUUCAGCGGGACACAAAGACUGAUCCAGAGCCUCCAAAGGAUGCACCCUUAACCAGCGGGCCAGUAGGACAGAGCUUAGAUGAUCACCAAACACGGAUGAGCAAUCUUCUGCCAACAGCGAUGGGUGAAAUGCCAGCUGUCGCCCCAUCAAGCCCACCACCUGCUGGCACCGUAGACUCCACCACUGACUCACCGAGCAGACAAAGAGACAAACUUACAGUACAGGACCUGACUGGCAGUUCCUUCUCCUCUGUCUCCUGGCCCAAGCCACCUGCCUCCACCCACCAGCUGCCCAGCGAGUUUGACUCCCUCGGGGUGAGACCCAGGCCUGCUAUCACCAAGGACAGACCAGCUGCCGCCGGCGGGUACGGCCUUGGCGACAGCCUGGUGGGGAGUCUAAAAGAGAGCGGUAGCCUGCCCCAGCAUCACGUGCACACGCACCACCACUAUCACCAACCAGUGGGCAAGCCUUCAAGCAGCCCGACACGCUCGAAAUCACCCCCGCAUGCCACCCUUUCCAGACCCCCUGCAUCAGAGGGAACAUCCCCCGCCAAGCUGUCACCACCGAGGGAACUCGAUAAACGAAAGGAACCCAGAGUUGCACCCUCAUGGCAUGAACGCUUCGCAGGACACGAUGACAUCACCUUUGAUGAUAUAACUGGUUCCAGACCCCGACAUACUUACCCGGCCACGCUGCGGUCCACAUACCCGGCACUGUCCAGGCGCAGACCCUCAAGCAGUCCCCCCACUAGAGUGGCAUCCGUCGAGGUCCCGCCCGCGGAGGACGGUUACCAGCCACCAAGAAAACAGAGGACCAUCUACAGCAAAGAUGCGGAGCAUUGGCCAGGCGAUCGUCUUAACAGAAGAGAGGAAGGUCAUUUGCCUCCACGGCCGAGACGAGUGGCUUUCGUCGAUGAUUAUGACGAGAGGGACAGAUCCCAGCGAUCCUUCUUUCGUGAGAAACUCGAGCCAGUCACAUCCCGGUUCAUGCGUGAAAGCAGCGAGAGUGAGGCUGAUUCAGACUCAGAUGCCUUAUCCCAGUGCAGCGAUACGGCAGUGGACUACCAGCAGGGUACCAACUACAAGCAGACGCACUACAUCGGAGAGCAGCGGGACCAGCCUUAUCACCUGCGACCCCGCCGCAAGCCUGCCGCAGCCGCCUCCAUAGCCAAGAAACAGCGCCCUCAGCUCCGGCCAAAGAGCGUGCUCCUGCCCGUAGCCAGGACUCGCAGUCACAGAGUGCGGUUUGAGGAAGCCCUGGAGGCGGACGCGACAGGCCCAAUGAGCAGGAUCAGGAAGAGGCUGAACAAGGAGAACCGGAAGCACUCUAGGCAGAAGGAGGUCCUGCGCUAUGUUUAUAAGAGCAAUCUUGAAGAAGCCAAGAGCGGUCUCAAGAAGCAACUGGACCGGAAUAAGAAAGUCUUAAAUAAACAGGAUGCAGAAUACAGGAAGGUUUUCAGUGGUCCUAAGACCAGCAAUUACCAGCCAGCACAGAAAUAUAAUGUAACAACAGAGAGACCAUCUCGCGCCGCCACCAGAGGCCUGAGGUCCAAGCGCAAACGGAGUGCCUCGGCAAGUCCCACCAUGCACAGACAUAAGAGAUUGAGUAUUGGAGAAGAUGAGAUGCUCCCCACCGUCAUGCAGGAGUUCCCUUUCCUCCACGUCUCGCCCCAGACAGCCCACGACAUGUGGGCCAAGCAGAUGCGGCAGAUGGAGCAGCUGACCAAGAUGGGCGUGGACCAGCAGUACAAGAAGACGAAGACACAGCUGAAGAGGGAAGAAGCAGAAAAACGGCAGGAGAUCCUCCUAAGAAUCAUGAAGAAAGAGCUGGCACACAACCAGAGGAUGCGAGAGAUAAGAGAGCGAAGGUCCAACGAGCAAGCCAUGCAACGUCAGAUGCAAGAGCAGCGGCAGGUGAAUGCCCGCGCCAGGAGAUACUACGAUGAGUUCCAGCUGCGGGCGAGGUCGCGCCUGAUGAAGAGACGGACCAGGGAGGAGCAGAUUUUCAAGAAGCUCUUUGAAGACGGGCUAAAUAUCCAGAAAGCCAGAAUCCGUGACCUGCGAAAGUAUGCGCGGGAGAAGCGCGAAGAGGCAGCAAAGAGACAGCAGGAUGAGAUAGAUUCAUUAGAGAACUACUAUCGUAAUCAGUUCAGCAUGCUGGCGGAGGCCAUUUCCAAGGAGAGACAUGACCUGCAGACCAGGGACAGAGCUCAGACAAAGGUGAUGGAGGGGAUGAAGCGAGACAUGAGACGGAAGAUGGAGCAAGAGGUGCGUGUCUUCCAGGAGCAGAUGUACCGAGAUGAGGACACAGAGUACUUCCGACAGCUGGAGGCGGACAGAAUGAGACGGGAGCUACAGAUGGCGUCGUACAAGACAGUCAUUUAAAAGUGGACUUUGAGAAGGCUAGAGAAUCAGACAUAUGUAUUGUAGAUAGAAUGUCGCUACAACACCUCCCCACCAUCCAGAUUUCCUGGCCGUAGUAGGUGGCUGUUUUCACUUGCUGCGCUGACGUUCAGAUUCCAAGAUGAUGUCCACACAGGCAACACAGCUUUCAUUUGCAUUCAUUUUUGUUCCAGGAAGUUGCUAAUAAUACGCGAUUAAAAGGACUGAGAAACGAGAGCACGAUCCAAACUUUACCGUUGGAUUGACCGCCAUGCUAACACGGGACCAACUGAACAGUGCAAUAAGACAAUUUUGUAACCACGUCAUGUGAGUGAAGUAGGUGUUCUGCACCCCUAGUGAGUUGCUCGACCAUUGCGUACACAAGUUUUGAGGAACCAAGGGGUAUUCUCUUUAUAGCCGAAUUGUUGAUAAAAAGUGACUUUUGUUGCUGCGUUGUUUGCUCUGUAUUACUCAAAACAUUUGUUUGAAGACUUAAUAAGAUAGGAGUGUCAGAUAGUAUCUUAGUCGAUGGUUUGAGGCUCCUUCAGGAAAAGGAUCAAGAAGCCAGGGGUCUUUGAUGAGUUGCAGCUGUAGGCAGACACUGGAAGAAAAGCAGCUACAGAUUACUUCCUAAGUAAGAUUUGAAGCUUUGCAUGGUGGAUGAGACAUGAGAAAUGGGUUUGCGGGUACACCAUGGAAUCAAUCUCUU